AUGAUACCUCCGCGGACACUUCGAAUCGAGAGUGGAAAGACCACUAGUGCGAUGUACGUGGUCGGAACAGAGCUGACAGUGAAUUUGAACAGGAGUGCCCCACCUAAAUCGAAGUUUUUCUCAGUGAAAUGCAGUCCCACCGUGCGGCACAGGGUUACACCAGUUCUCCCAGGCAACAACUCCCUCCUGACCCCCCACCCCCUCUCUGACUCCACUGUGCUUUUCAUCUCUAUGGAUGCAGCUAGUGAGACAACCAAUGACAGCAAGUUGUCCGUCAAGUAUUAUGGGUCAAAGUCAGAAGCACUGGGCAAAGCAUUGCUUCACCUGACUGCUGUCGAGAUAUCUCUGGAUGUGGAUGCGGACAGAGACGGAGUGGUUGAAAAGAACAAUCCAAACAAGGGCUCAUGGAAGUGGGGUCCAAACGGGCACGGUGCCAUUCUCCUGGUCAACUGUGACUCUGAGUCUACGUACCGGAAGGCGCGGGACUGUGAAAACGAGAAGAUCAGUAAGGUUUCAGAUCUGCGAGACAUGUCUAAAAUGGUGCUGCGUACCAAUGGUCCGGCCAAGCUGCCGGAGGGUUACAAGCUGAACCUGCACAUUUCUCAGUCAGAUGCUGAGAAGGCGCGCGUCUUCAGGGCUGGGACAAAUACAAAGCCGGAGUCAUACAAUCUGAGUAAGAUCUUUUCGGUCUUUGUGGAGGAGUUUCCUCUGGUGCUAAGCAGCGAGGUUCUGUCAGAGGAAGUUCCUUAUCUUGGUGGAGGCUCUGAACUGGAGUUCUUUGUGGAGGGUCUCAAGUUCCCAGACAAAGACUUUGACGGACUCAUCACAAUUAGCCUCAGUCUGCUGGAGCCAGUGUCUGAGGGUUUCCCUGAGACUCCGAUCUACACUGACAAGGUUAUGUUUCGUGUAGCCCCUUGGAUAAUGACCCCCAACACUCUGAAACCUGUGGAGGUGUUUGUGUGCAGCACCUCAGAUAAUGAUCAAUUUCUGAAGGGAAUGAGAAAGCUGGUUCAGAACAGUGGUUACAAACUGAAGGUGUGCCAUGAAUACCUGAACCGUGGAGAUCGCUGGAUGCAGGAUGAGAUUGAGUUUGGAUACAUCGACGCUCCUCAUCACCGCUUCCCCGUCGUGCUGGACUCUCCACGAGACGGUGAACUUCAGGACUUCCCCUACGAAGUCUUACUGGGCCCUGACUUUGGUCACGUGACUCGCACAGCCUUUAAUGAGGAGGCCAGCAGUCUAGACUCUUUUGGGAACCUGGAAGUUAGCCCACCUGUCACAGUGAAUGGCAAAAAUUACCCAAUGGGUAGGAUCAUCAUCGGAGUGGCCUUCCCCACGACCACAUGGUCCUCUGCCCGGAACAUGACCAAAACAGUGCAGGACUUCCUGUGGGCUCAAAAAGUCCAGGAGCCCAUAGCGCUAUACUCUGAUUGGCUGGUAGUGGGACACGUGGAUGAGUUCAUGACAUUUGUCCCAGCCCCCGACAGAAAGGGCUUUAGGCUCCUGCUGGCCAGCCCAGAUGCAGGCUACAAACUGUUCAAAAGGCUACAGAAUGAUGGGUAUGGGCAAGCCAAGUUGUUUGAAGGGCUGGAGGAAGAGCCACAGAUCACGGUUGAUGACAUUCUGGCAAAUGAGGCUCUUCAGGCCGAGAACAGCUAUGUCCAGAACUGUAUUGACUGGAACAGGGAUGUGCUGAAGAGGGAGCUGGGAUUGGACGAUGAUGACAUCAUUGACCUGCCCAUCCUAUUUAAAAUUGAGGAGGAUAACAGGGCAGUGGCUUACUACCCUGACAUGGUGAACAUGAUUGUGCUGGGGAAGAACCUGGGCAUCCCCAAACCGUUUGGGCCCCGUGUGAACGGACACUGCGCUCUCGAGAUGGAGAUGUGCUCACUCAUGGAGGCCCUUGAUCUCAACUGCACCUUCAUUGAUGACUUCGCCUCCUAUCACAAACUCCUGGGGGAGGUGCACUGUGGCUCCAAUGUACUCCGUGAGCCUUUUAGUUUCCGCUGGUGGAACUCAGAGCUGUGA